AUGCAGAGGAGAGGAGUGGGAGGAGAGCGGUGCAGGGCAGGGCGGCGCAGUGCGAGGCAGAAUGACCGAGCAGCAGAAGAACCGAGCAGCAGAAUGACCGAGCAGCAGAAUGGCCGAGCAGCAGAAGAACGGAGCAGCAGAAGAACGGAGCAGCAGAAGAACGGAGCAGCAGAAGAACGGAGCAGCAGAAGAACGGAGCAGCAGAAGAACGGAGCAGCAGAAGAACGGAGCAGCAGAAGAACGGAGCAGCAGAGAAAGGGAGCAGCAGAAGAAGGGUGCGAGGCAGAGGAAGGGGUUGAGCAGCGCAGUGCGAGCCGACGAGCAGAAGACGGAGCGCGGGACGGGCAUUCAGGUGUCGAGGCGGCAGGGAGCAGGGCGCCGUGGGUGAGGGGCGCACGGCAACAGGCUGGCUGGGGGGAUCCGCCGAACUGGCUAUUCGCAGAACCGACAGGCUGGAUAGUGGGACCGCAACUAGUCCCGACGCAGGCGCGCUCCGACGGUCGUCUGCUGUCGGCGAGGGCAGUGGACAGGGACUGGGGGAGGACAGAGACGACAAGUGGGUCCUCGAUGGCUGAGGGCCUGAGGCGCGGGCGGUUCCCAGCAGCACUGCGCAGGUGGAUCCAGCCGCCUCGGGCUGCCUCUGCUCGGGGACGCAGCUGUGGGCCAGCAGACGAGGGGAGGGGAGGGGAGGGGACGAGUGACGAGUGGACGAGUGACGAGUGA